AUGGGCAACUGGGCUACCUUAAGCUAUUGCUGGGGUCAGGUUGGUGGCUAUGUAACUAAUGUCGCAAAUUUGGAUUGCAGAACACGUUCUAUAUCUAUGCAAGAGCUUCAGGCCACACUGAAAGAUGCCAUCAAAGUCACGAAGUGUAUGGGAUUAAAGUAUCUAUGGAUUGAUUCGAUUUGCAUUCUCCAAGGUUCCGAUGUUGCUGCCCAGGCAGAUUGGCUAUCCGAGGCAAGCCGCAGGCGAGAUUACUACAAACAUUGUGAUUUUUGUAUUGCUGCCGAUGACGCAUCUUCUGACCAAAUUGGGUUUCAGCGCAUUUUACGUACACAAAGGGCAAAUGUUUCUAUUUCCAUGCCGUUAGCUCACUGGCGACGCGCAGGGUCUUGUACAAUAUAUCUUCAAGCAGAUGUUAACCCCCAUACCCCGGUCGGCGUCGACCCAUUCUCGCUACUAGAGGAUGGACGCUUCAAGAACACGUUCUCUCUCCACGCGCUCUACACUUCAAUCAUGAACAACUUGUCUGGAAUUGCCAGUUUCAGAAACUCUCAGAAUCGAAUGUGA